AUGAAUACAGGUGGACGUCUGGCCGGCCGAGAUCAACUCUAUAACGGUGUUCAUCUGGCUAAAAAAGCGCCUUGGGCCUUCCCGGUACCGGUUUGGAAAUACCUGCAAGUGUAUGGCAGCGGACAAAGUGGACAGAUGUCGGAUUUGAACCAGCCUCUGUAUCGCUGCGGCAACCAAACGCUCUCCAUCAGGUUUUCACGGAUCCGACACUCGGAUCUGUAUCUGAAAGAUGGAGUUGAAGUCAAGAGGUUGCUGUCGCUGCCUGGCCAGUGUCAAAGUUACAUGCAUACUUAUGGGCCGUGGCUGCUGCUCAAGCUCUCCUAUACAGGCUGCAAUCUCACACAACAGAACUCCAGUGACCACAACUACGGCCACAACCACUACUCCAGCGACCACAACCGCGACUCGAGCGACUACAACUGCGACUCCUGCAACCACAACUACUACUGCAGAAACCACCGCGACCCCAGCAACUACAACUCCAGCGACCACCACUACUGCUGCAGCGACCACCACUACUACUGCUGCAACCACGAUGACCCAAGCAACUACAACUCUAUUGACCACAACUACUGCCACAACCACGACUGCAGCGUCCACAACCACGACUCCCGCGACCACAACUACUACUGCAACAACCACCACAACCCCAGCAACUACCACGACAACUCCAGCGACCCCAGCAACUACCACGACAACUCCAGCGACCCCAACUACUGCUGCAAUGACCACCAUGACUCCAGCGACUACAACCACGACUCCAGCGACCACUACUACUGCAACAACUACCACGACAACUCCAGCGACCCCAACUACCACUGCAAUGACCACCACGACUCCAGCGACCACAACCACGACUGCAGCGACCACGACUGCAGCGUCCACAACCACGACUCCCGCGACCACAACUACUACUGCAACAACCACCACAACCCCAGCAACUACCACGACAACUCCAGCGACCCCAGCAACUACCACGACAACUCCAGCGACCCCAACUACUGCUGCAAUGACCACCAUGACUCGAGCGACUACAACCACGACUACUGCAACAACCACCACGACCCCAGCAACUACCAUGACAACUCCAGCGACCCCAACUACCGCUGCAAUGACCACCACGACUCCAGCGACCACAACCACGACUGCAGCGACCACGACUGCAGCGACCACGACCACGACUGCAGCGACCACGACCACGACUGCAGCGACCACGACUCCCGCGACUACGACUCGCAUGACUGCAACCACAACUCGAGUGACUACAACCACAACUCCCGCAACCACAGCCACAACUCCAGCGACCACGGCUGCAGCGACCACAACCACGGCUGCAGCGACCACAACUCCCGCAACCACAGCCACAACUCCAGUGACCACGACUGCAGGGACCACAACUACUGCUGCAAUGACCACAACCAUGACUGCAGCGACCACGACUCGCGUGACUGCAACCACAACUCCAGUGACUGCAACCACAACUCCCGCAACCACAGCCACAACUCCAGCGACCACGACUGCAGCGACCACGGCUGCAGCGACCACAACCACGGCUGCAGCGACUACAACCACAACUCCAGCGACUACAACCACAACUCCAGCGACCACGACUGCAACGACCACAACUACUGCUGCAACGACCACAACCAUGACUGCAGCGACCACAACCACGACUGCAGCGACUAUAACCACAACUCCCACAACUACAACUCCAGCGACCACAACUACUGCAACCACCACGACUCCCGCGACUACAACCGCGACUCCCGCGACUACAACCGCGACUCCCGCGACUACAACCGCGACUACAACCACGACUCCCGCGACUACAACCACGACUCCCGCGACUACAACCACGACUCCCGCGACCACAACUACGACUGCAACAACCACCACGAGUCCCACAACCACGACUCCCGCGACCACGACUCCCGCGACCGCAACCACGACGACGACCACGACUCCCGUGACGACGACCACGACUCCCGCGACGACGACCACGACUGCAGCGACCACGACUGCAGCGACCACGACUGCAGCGACCACGACUGCAGCGACCACGACUGCAGCGACCACAACCACGACUCCCGCGACGACCACCACGACUCCCGCGACGACCACCACGACUACUGCUGCAACCACAACUACUGCUGCAACAACCACCACAACUCCAGCGACUACAACUACUGCAACCAUGACUCCCGCGACGACAACCACAACUCUCGCCACCACAACCACGACUCCCGCGGCAACGACCACAACUACUGCAACCACAACUACUGCUGCAACGACCACCACGACUCCAGCGACUACAACUACUGCAACCACGACUCCCGCGACUACAACCACGACUCCCGCGACUACAACCACGACUGCAGUGACCACCACCACGACUGCAGCGACCACAACCACGACUGCAGCGACGACCACCACGACUGCAGCGACGACCACCACGACUGCAGCGACGACCACCACGACUCCCGCGACCACAACUACUGCUGCGACCACAACUACUGCUGCAACAACCACCACAACUCCAGCGACUACAACUACUGCAACCACGACUCCCGCGACUACAACCACGACUCCCGCGACUACAACCACGACUCCCGCGACUACAACCACGACUCCCGCGACUACAACCACAACUCCCGCGACUACAACCACGACUCCCGCGACGACCACCACGACUGCAGCGACGACCACCACGACUGCAGCGACGACCACCACGACUGCAGCGACGACCGCCACGACUGCAGCGACGACCACCACGACUGCAGCGACGACCACCACGACUCCCGCGACGACCACCACGACUCCCGCGACCACAACUACUGCUGCGACCACAACUACUGUUGCAACAACCACCACGACUCCAGCGACUACAACCACGACUCCCGCGACUACAACCACGACUCCCGCGACUACAACCACGACUGCAGCGACCACCACCACGACUGCAGCGACCACAACCACGACUGCAGCGACCACAACCACGACUGCAGCGACCACAACCACGACUGCAGCGACCACAACUACUGCUGCGACCACAACUACUGCUGCAACAACCACCACAACUCCAGCGACUACAACUACUGCAACCACGACUCCCGCAACGACAACCACAACUCUCGCCACCACAACCACGACUCCCGCGGCAACGACCACAACUACAACUCCCGCGACCACAACUACUGCAACCACCACUACUGUUGCAACGACCACCACAACUCCCGCGACUACAACCACGACUCCCGCGACUACAACCACGACUCCCGCGACUACAACCACGACUGCAGCGACCACCACCACGACUCCCGCGACGACCACCACAACUCCCGGAACCACAACCACGACUGCAGCGACCACAACCACGACUGCAGCGACCACAACCACGACUGCAGCGACCACAACCACUGCAACCACCACGACUGCAGCGACCACAACCACAACUCCUGCAACCACAACUACCGCGACGACAACCACUGCUGCCGCGACAACCACCACGACUCCCGCGACGACAACCACCACGACUCCCGCGACGACAACCACCACGACUCCCGCGACGACAACCACCACGACUCCCGCAACCACAACCACCACGACUCCAGCCACUACAACCACCACGACUCCCGCAACCACAACUACUACUGCAACCACCACAUAAAUUCAACACCUACAUUUAGCACCGUCUGUUCCAACACCUGCAACAUCAAUCAUGUUGAUAGUGACUACUUCUCCCAUCCAAGCAGCUCUAGCACUGCCAGCUUUCACUGCCAUUCUGGCAGUCCCAGUGCUGCCUCAGGUGCGACCACCAAUCCAGGAAUUCAAACGAAAGCUUCCAGAGCUCCUAAUGCCACCAUAUCAUCUGUAACGGAAGCUCAGUUCACCACUCCAGUGGUUUCAACUCCACAAUUGUUUUUCAUUUUUCAAAUAAAUGCUGUGCUACAUCAGAAUAUUCAAGUGUAA